AUGGAAGGCGCGGUACGAGUAAAUGAGAAAAGUAUUGAUAGUAUGAAGAAUAAAAGUGCGCAUCCAGCAGAUUCCACUCAAUCAACACCAACAGUUAGAAGAUCUAGUCGUCUUAAUCGUAGUAAAUCAAUUUCGCGAUCAGCUGAUAUGUUACAUCCACGAGAUGGCUCUGAGGAAGAAAUUAGACUUACGCGUGCGCAGGCUGAGAAACAGAGAAAAGAAAUCGAGAUAGAGCUGCGGCGGACAGUAGGGCAACAGAUAAGAGCAGAGUUUGAAGAAGAGAUCCGAAAGCGAGAAGAAGAAGCGGCUAGAGAACAAGGGCUCGAACGAGCAGAAGAGAAAUUGUUAAGUUGGUGGGAUGAUUACACAAAUGUACAUAGAGUAGCGAGAUUUGAAAGAUUAGCCCGCACUGAGUUAGAAAAGGCGCAUGAUGUAAAUACUGUAUAUAGGAAGAAUAGAGACAUCGGCAAUAUUAGUCGCAGGAUUCAGGGUCCAAAAGAGUCUGCGAAAGAUUAUAUCCUUAAUUUACAAACCUUGAUGAGAAGACACGGAAAGAUGAGUGACAUGGCGAAGUUAGAACGUCUGUAUCAUAAUUUACGUCCAGAGUAUAAGAGAUAUAUCAAACGCGCAGAGUUCGAUAGUGUGAGCGGUUUGAUAAAGUCGUGUGACGAUUAUGAUCAGUUGAUAAAACAGGAAGCAUCCUAUAAGCCACCGAAACAACACUCGGUUAUGUCCGUCACGAUGAAAACCAGUCAAGGAAGAAAGAAUCAUAAACCAACAAAUCCGAUUGUGAUUAACAGAUUCGAUCACCACCAGAGUUGUUGGAGAUGUGGCGAACAAGGUCACAUCCAGAGAGGGUGUAGGAAUCAACGAGUAGUUAGGUGUACACAUCCGGAAAAGAAGAGAUACUAG